UGUAGUGUAUUGUACCAGUAGUACUGAAGUAUUUUUUACCUGCCAACGGUUUGCCCUUAUGAGGCAUACAAAAUGGUAGAUAUUUAUAUAAUUAACGAAAAUUCUUUGACGUCGAGAUUGUUUGAAAUGGUGGUGCCAAACGCAAAUCGCAUUCCGCCGCGCGAACUGCCGCUGCACAAGCCGUCCACAGCGAAUGCCUUCAUGUAGCGCGCAUCCACUUGUGAUACAGUUGCAGAUAUCGUCGCAUGAGACGUCGUCCUUGUAGCCCACGUUCAUUGAUUCGAUCUUCGCAUUCGAAGGCGGUGUGGAUGCCUACCAAUGCAACGUCUGCAACCUCCCAGAACAGGCGCGGUGACAAAGCACAACACAACACUACCCCGCAACCUGUCGUGGACUUGCCAAUUCAAGCCCUCUUGGACAUCGAAGGCAAGGUGACCGAAGUGGAGAUGGAGGUGAAUGCUCUUCUGGACGACCUUCGCAUGGCGGCGUCAGUAUUCUCGGCGCAGAUGCAGUCGCAAACACGACUCUUGGAAGCAUGUCGAUCGCUUGCUCGCCCGCCAAUGAGCCGCGCACCAACAUCGCCUCAUUCCGAAGAUUGAACGAAAACCCCUUCAUUGUUACGAACUUAAUAUACAUCAGGUGGUCGAGGUAGAUGACCCAUGCUUCUUGAGUGAUCGGCUUGUUGGAGAUACACCUGCAACGAGUAGUUGGAUUGCUUCAGCGUCCGCAUUUCGUUCUGCAACUGGUCAAUUUGUGCCUGUUGCGCCUCCGCCUUGUCUCGGUACCCCUCCAACGCAUGCACCGUUUGCCGAAGCGCUUGAUUCUGGUUCUCCAUCGUCCCUAACAUCGAUCGGAGCUGCAAGUUCUCUUGGGCGACCAUGUGCGAUCGCUUGGCUUGGUCUACCAUCAGCGCUUCGUAGUGCUCGCGAACGCGGACGGCAUGGUCGUGCACUUCGUCAAACCCGCCUCCUUUGCUCCGACUGUGACCUGUCAUGUCGCUACCCAAUUUCAGCGCUCGAAGGCUUUCCACGGCGGCAUCUACGUCCAUGCUUCCGUCCAUCAUAAUCGCAGUGGAUGCCAUGUUCUUCGCGCAAUGCCAAUAUGCUGCGACGACUCAACGAGAAACCAGGGACAUGGGAUUUAGCUUGACAUUUG